AUGGCAAGACUAUUUCCUGCAGAUAUAUCAGAAAUUAUAAGAGCAUCAAAUCGUGAUGAAGAACAUAUAAAUUCAAUAACUGAAAUUAUCAUUAAAAAUCUUAAAUUAUAUUUAAAUCCAAGAAAAAUUCUACAAUAUUCAUAUUAUGCACCAGUAUUAGCAAAAAUUAUUUAUUAUUCAUCAACAUCAUUAUUAAAGAAACAAACAUUAGGUGAAGAAUAUAUGAAUUUAAUACAAGUUGUUUCAAGAUCAAAAAGACAACUACCUUCUGUUUUUAUUCAUAUUAUAUUUAUUAUUUUUGAAGGAUGUUCUAAAUUAUUUGAAAAAUAUUUUUCUAUUCUAACACUUCCUUACUAUAUUAAAUGUAAAAAUUAUAUUUUAUUAGAUGAGAUAGUUAAUGAUAAUGAGAUGAUUGAAUAUCUUUCAGAAUGGAAAGAUAUUAUAAAAAACUAUUUAUUUCCUAUUAUUGAAAAGUUACAUUUAUCAUAUUUUUAUCUCAUUGAUAAUAAUUUUUAUUCAUUAUCUAAAAGAUUAACAAAUAUUAAAUAUUUUUCAUUAAGUUCAAAUACCUCAAUACAAAUACAAAAAUUAUUAUUUUAUAUAGGUAUAUUAAAUUUUAUUAUAUCAUUUUAUUUAAUAUUUGAUGGUGUAUAUAAAAUAUAUAUAAAAUAUCAAGAAAAAAGAAAUUAUUUACCUAUUAAACAUACAUUUUCUAAUACUAAUCAAAACAAAAAAUUACUUGAAAAAUAUUUAGAAAAGUCUAAAUUUACAUGUCCUUUAUGUUUACAAAUUUCAUUUCCUGCUUCAACACCAUGUGGACAUGUUUAUUGUUUCACCUGCCUAACUACAGGUGUUUUAAAAGAAAAUUCUAAAUAUACAAAUAAAGACAGACCAUUGAAAUGUCCACAAUGUAGACAUCAAUUUGCCUAUAUUGUCAGCUUUAUUGGAAAUAUUAAGGGAGAAAAUAAAAUAUGUAGAUAUCAUGGUGAUUGCCCUAAAUGUGAAGAAUCUUAUGCUUUAAGAUAUUGUUAUCAAAAUGAAUGCCAUUGUGUUGAAAGAGUUCCUGUUUAUAGUGAUAAUUAA